AUGUUCGAAAAUGAUACAAGAGAAGAUAUGAUCAAAGCUUUUAAGUUGUUUGAUGAAAACGGCAAAGGCUUUAUAACAGUUGACGAUUUUAAAAAAGUGGUAAUGGAACUCGAUAAAGACUUAACAGACGAAGAAAUACUCGAAAUGAUUAAUGAAGCUGAUAGAGAUGGCGAUGGAGAGGUAAACCUAAACGACUUUUUAAGAAUGUUGCAGUAA